AUGUUGACGUGCGACCUUGGCGGCUGUCUGGAGGGCACCCCCAGCCGCGUGACCCCCGUGAGCUUCGACCCGCGCGCCAUGGCCACGGGGAGCGUCGUCUACGGCGAGGCUCUGGGCGGGCCGAUGCGGGUGGUGCUGCACCCCCCCGAGGAGGAGGUCCCGUGGCCUGCGCGCCUGGUGCAGCUGCCGAGCUCGGGGGAGGGCACCGGCUCGGAGGCUCCAGCGUUCCAGCCGAAGACGAAGACGCAGCGGCGCCGCAUGCAGCGCGCGAUCAUGAGGGACGCGGUCUUCGCUGCCCUGACGGGCCAGGGCGCGCCCCAGCCGUCGCGUCCCGCCCCGCAGAGUGGCCUGGGCGCCGGAGGCCCCCGCACCGUCGAUCAGAGCGAGGGUGCGCUGGCCUGCGUCCUCUGA